AUGUUGGGCAAAUUUCUGUGCGUCUUGUCGAUGAUCACUCCGAUUUCGGGAUUAUUUUUCGGAUGUUGUGGAGCUCCACAAAUUCAGACGGGUUGCUGCUCGCAGACCAGUUGGGCCUACGCACCGCCCAGAAUCAUUGGCUAUGAGCGGAUUCCGUUGUAUGCGAAGGUUCCCGUGGCUGCACCACCACCAGCUUAGUGAGUUUUUGCGGGCAGUUUUUGUGUGAUUUUUCUAACAUUUUUUGAAAAUUUUAAUAUUUGUGUGCAAAUUCUCUUGAACUGAAAUUCCAGAAAAACAGAAUUUUUUUUAGAAUCUCAAACGUUUCUUGAAAAACAAAAACUUCUGGAACUUUUGAAUUUUCAGUUUGAAAAUUUGAACCAAAAAAUUUUGUUAUCUGAAAAAAGUUUCAAAAUUAAUUGAAUUUUAAUUUUCAGAAGCUCAGAAGUUUUCAACAUUUUCAACUUUCAGUUUCAGAAAGCUUUGAACCAAAAAGUUCUGUUAUCUGAAAAAAAAGUUUCAGAAUUUUCAAUAUUUUGAAUUUUUUUACUGAAACCUAUGUACUACUUCUGAAUCUGAAAAAAAUUAAAUUUGAGCUGAAAAUCUGGAGCUUCGAAGAGAGAAAGCUGAAAAUAAGCUCUGAAAAUUAAUUAGCUCAGAAAAUUUGAAAUUUUGAGAAUUAGUUGAAUUUUAAUUGGAAUUCUCUAGAAGCCCAUUUGGAAGUUUUGAAAAAAAUUCUUUUUUUUAUUUAUUUUUAGAAAGCUUUGAACCAGAAAGUUUUGUUGUCUGAAAAAAACGUUUCAGAAUUUUCUCUGAAAAUAAGAAAUUUAAAAUUUUGAAUUCAGAAUUUUCAAAGCUGAAUUUUGAGCAGUUCCAGAAAAUUCUGAAAAUUGUAGAGCCUUCUAGGCUGAAAAUCAUGUCUGAAAUUCCAUUCAUUCACAAGAAGCAGAUCUUGAGAAUCAGAAUUUUCGAAAAUUCUCAAAAAAAUCUAAAACCCCUAACCACGCUAACCUAACCACCUUAACAGUGUCACCACAACACCAGCCUAUUAUCCACCCUCACCGCCUUCUCCACCAAUCUACAAUACACCUUACGAAGUGCCAAUGUCAAAUCAACCGGACGCCUUUGCCACACUCUCACCAAUUCAGAAUCCGAACCCAGAACGUCUAAAUGACGGUUUGGCGUCAGCUCCAGCUUCAGCUUCAGCUUCACCAAACCGAAUUCCACAAGUCAUCCAACUUCCAUCAACUUCAGAAGGCGACACUAUGUAACUUCUAAGCUUUAGCCUAACCCUAACUAAAAUGUGUUUUCAGAAUAAUCGAAACCGAUGAUGAAUAUCGCAAAAAGCUUCGGCGACAGUAACAUCUAACUCUUGAAAAAUAUUUGUGAGAAAUUUAAUUUGAAAUUUUCAGCAUUCAACCACCACCACCACCACCACAAGCACCAAAUGGAUAUUUGCAACAACCAGAGGUGAGCAAAAAAAUUGCCGGGGAAAAUAGGUUUCAAAAUUUCGGUAUAGCAAAUUUUGGGUCUGACAAUUCGUUUCUGAAAUUCGUUUUUGAACUUGAAAAGACCGUCAAAUUCUUUACAAUCAGAUCUCCAGAAUUCCUAAAGUUCCUAAAGUUCUAAUCUAAAUAAAGUUAGCAAAAAAAACAUUACAACUUAUUGUAACUCCUAAUCUCUUCUUUGUUAUUUUAUCAAUCAACAAAAAUUAUUACAGCAAAUCGGAAACUAUGCGCCUCAACAAGGUCAAUUCGUUAACAAUGUAAACAAUGGGCAAAUUGAGAAUGGUGUUGAAGUUAGCGUAAGUUUUUUUUGUGAUAUUGACUUUGAUUUAUGAUGAUUAUUGUCUUGAGAAAAACACAAAACUUUAGAUAUUUUCAGCCAUUUCGGGUUUUUUACAACAAAAAACGGAUAAAUAAUGACGGGUUUUUGAGACGAAAUUUGAAUUUGGUUUCGGGAAGUUGUGGUGUAAGAAAAUUAGAAAACUAGACUUUUUUUUUUGUUUUUUUAGAAAUGUAUGUAGACUAGAAAAUAUUUGAGUUGAAGCUUCUGAAUAAUCUACGUGGAUUUGAUUUUCGAGCGACUGAAAUUUGAAGUUCUUAUUGAUUUUUCGACAAGAAAUUCACGUGGCAGCUUUAUUUUUGCUCCAAAAAUUUUCAAACUUUUUGAAAUUUCAUGCAAAAAAAAUCAAUUUUUGAAUUCUGAAAAAUCCACGUGGCUUUGAUUUUUAGAGGCCUCAAGUUAUCAAGGAAAAAAUGUUAAAAUUAAAUUUCACGCUGAAAAAUCCACGUGGCACCUUUUUUCACAAUAAGUUGAAUUUUUAAAUCAGAAAAAUCCACGUGGCAGUUUCAUUUUUGCUCCAAAAAUUUUCAAACUUUUUGAAAUUGUAUGCAAAAAAAGUUUGGAUCAUUCAGGAAUUUGAAAAAAUUCAGAAAUUGAGAACUUUCUGAAUAUCCACGUGGCACAGAAUUUGUUGAACUUCUGGAAAAUCCACGUGGCAAAAAUUUUAAGCUAAAUUUUUAAAUCAAAAAAAAUCCACGUGGCAUUGAUUUUUUGAGGCCUCAAGUUUUCAGAACUGGAAAAAAAUGUUGAAAUUAAAUUUUAAGCUGAAAAAUCCACGUGGAAUCAUUUUUUAAGUUGAAAUUUUGAAAUCAGAAAAAUUCAGGCCCAUAGGGUUUUUUAUUUUCACACGCUUGCCCGCUUUUUUAGACCUGGCCCAUUUUUUCAGCCAAGCUUCUCUAGGCUUCACAGGCCCUAUCCAAAAAAAACCUCACCAUUUUCCAGCUCGAUCAAAUCAACUCCAACACCGCCUCCCUCAACUCUGCCGCUAAUUACGGAGCCCAAUCGCAAUCCCUUCUCUCAUCGGCUCCAUCUUCAGGCUUCGAAUCAUCCGGCCUAAUUGCACCAGCCGCCAGAAGAUUGAGAUUGCACAAAAACUUUUUCUAA